AAUUUGAAGGGCAGGCUUUGAGACUCGCUGCACAGUGACUUUCGCUUUGCGUGAGCAUCCCGUUUUGGUUUUGUGAAGACAAAGAGAAAAAAAAAAAUUAGAGAGAAGUCAGCGGCAGUAAUUAGAUCCCCUCAGCAGAAGUGACGGCAGGUGUGAAUUCAUGUCUGUAUUUUCACUGCGGAUAUACUGCCCAGUACUUGUGCCCAGCCGAGAUAUGACUGAGGUGAUGAUCAACAGCACCCCCAUGGAGGACAUGAGGCUCAGUCCCAGCAAGGACAGACUCUCCUUCCAGAUAUUCCCAGACCCCUCAGAUUUUGACCGUUGCUGUAAGCUCAAAGAUCGCCUCCCAUCCAUUGUGGUUGAGCCAACAGAAGGAGAAGUUGAGAGCGGAGAGCUUCGCUGGCCUCCAGAGGAGUUUCUGGUUAGUGAGGAGGAGGAAGAAGAAGAAGAAGAGGAAGAAGAGGAAGAAGAACAGAAUAGCAACAUUCAAAAUGGACUGCCAGCACAGAACUCGCAGCACUAGAGGCUGUGUUACAGCACCCAUACACUCUUCCUUCUUUCUGAUGGACUUUCCGGUUUCAUACACUGGUUAUGCUUCACCUCAGCACUCUAGCUCACUCAACUGACACCAUCUCAUUUCCUCCGACACCAAAAAAAAUUUUUUAAAUGAAAUCACUCCCACAAGAGAAGCAAUAUGCACACAUACACACACUUUUAUGACACAGUAACUUAUCCUCCUGGACUGCAAAUCCACCAAGAACAGGCUUGAAAAGAUCAGCACACCUCUAAUCUUCACCUACUUCUUACCACCAUGUGUGUCUCGGCCCAAACCGGAUGUCCUGUUGGACAGCGGCAGCUCAGUGCUUCAUGGACAGGUCUAAUACUGCAGGAGGCUACUACUGCUCUGUACUUAACUUCAAAAUGGCUGGCGUCAUGACCCCAGAAGCUUCCUCCUUGUAUACAGAACUAUUGUGGUACACGUGGGAAUUAUUGUACAGUACACUGUCCAUGUGUUCAGAAUCUGGUUUGCUAUGUUGUUGUUAUUGUGAUUGCCACUGCUGUCUGUAGAGUUGUCUGUUCCAGAGGUUGAAAUUUUGUGACUUGUCUUUCGGAUGAGUUUUGUGCAAAAUGUUGGGAAUUUUUAUUAUUUUAUUUUUUUGUCCUUCACUAUGUCAGGCACUCAAAUUAAAAAGGAAAAAUAAUAGACGUGAUCUAAAAAUGAAAAUGGUGAAAGCUGGUAUGCAUGAUAAAUAUAUGUGGGUUGAAUUAAUUUUACCUGUUACGCACCAAAGUCAAGUUAUGCUAUGAUCCCCUUGUGACAUUGGCCUCCUUGAAGCCUUAUGAUGGACAGCGCUUGGAUUACUCAGCAAAAUCAUAUGACUCUGAGAACAAAAUGUGCCGCAAACAGGCCGCUGAGAAAAGCUGAGUAAGGAUGGAAAAUGCUAACUUUUGGAAAGCACUUGAUAAAGCAGUGUACAGACUCAAUGAAGGAUAUGUAAAUACUUGUUUCUAGCAAGCCAUCCCCCAAGGCCUUCUAGUGGACUGAUCGUGUUUUUCUUGAUUUUUUUUUUUUUCUUUUUUUUUUUUUCUUUGUCUUUCUAAAAGGUAAAAAAAAAAAAAGUCACUGAACUAUACACAUUUGACUGUCUUUCCAAGUCUUCCUGUUCUUUUUGAAAACAGCCAUACUUUGAAGCAACACCAUGAAGUACAGGUUGUAGAGAAUUCACACUGUGGGACGCAGUUUGCAGAUAUAUAGGCAAUACCUGAAGAAAUGAUCUUUAUUUGCAGAAAAAACUUCUGAUAUUAGUCAAAAGCUGUUAAUGGGGAAUUCAUAUUGGUUCUCUGGUAGUAAUGUCUGUCAAUUUAUUUGCAAACAGUGGGGGGGUUUUUUUCUUCUUUUUUUCUCCACUCAGUCAUCAUGACUUACUAUUUGUGGUGUAAAUUUCUAACUGUUGUAGAAGCAUGGCUGAGAUAUGUCUAUUUGUAAUAUCUCAUUUGUGUGGCAUUAGGGCUGUGUACAGAGUAUCUCUCUCCUGCAGAUCCCACGUUGUUUUUGUAAAGCUCAGGGAGAUAAGCCGCCAUCUUUCUAUUUUUUUUUCCUGUUAUUUUUGUAUUUAGACCACUCUUCUCAGUGAUGAUUAUAAAGGCUGUAAAUAAACAUUUGAAUUUGCUAUCCA